AUGCUGGACGUGAGAUCGAUUGAGUUGGGCGAUCGGCAAGAUUCAACCAGUGAUAUGUCAUUCAGCAGGAAACGUUUUCAGCGACAGGCGUGUCUGUUGAGUGUGAUGGCUGCAUUUUCGCUGGGACUGGCACUGGGUGCCUUUGUACCUAUCGGUCUCACGGGCGAUCGUGACAGCAGGCCGUCGGCCGUGGAGCCGCUCGUCCGCGAGGACGUGCACCGGCGUCGCCUGCAGAAGUCCCUGCCCAACAUCUACGUGCCAGUGUCCUUCGUGCAGGACGACAACGGGGACAUCGUGCCCGUGACCGAGGAGCAGUCCGUAGAGUUCCUGCCCAGCGAUCCCAACCUCGAUCUCGAGGGGAUCGUGUCGGAGGGCAUCUACUGGGGCGCCAGAGUGGAGGAGCGCCUGCCCAAGGGCUUCGACGCCACGGACACGGACGCGUGGCGGGAUUACGUGAGUGGCAGCUUCGUGGUGAGCCUGAAGCCGGGCUGCGGCCGCAUGCAGAACAGGCUGGUGCAGUUCAGCGACGGCCGAAGGGCAUGUGCGCGCUAUCGGCAGAACACUGACCAGAUCCAGGGGGAGCUCUUCAGCUUCUACCUCGGCCAGCUGCUCAACAUGAGCAACCUCGUGCCCAGCACGGCGUCCGUGAUCGACACGCAGUCGCCGCUCUGGGUCUCCGCCGCGCAGGACAUCGCCAACGCGCAAUGGAAGAUCCAGCGACCGGUGGUGUUGACCAAGUGGGUGUCCGACCUGGAGCCGGCCGGCAUUCCCACGCCCUUCCAGCCGUUGGACAAGCACAUGAACAAGUUCGACGUGCGCAACAUCACCCUGGGCCUGGACAGCCGCCCCCAGCGCGGCCUCAUGGACCUCCUGGGCGCGCCCAAGAGCACCCCGAAGCCCAUCCCGGCGCCCGGCCGCCUGGAUCCCGUCAAAAUGGACAGACUCGUGGAGCUGGCCCAAUGGUCCGACCUGAUAGUGUUUGACUAUUUGAUCGCGAAUUUAGAUCGUGUGGUGAAUAAUUUAUACAACUAUCAAUGGAAUGCAGAUAUAAUGGCAGCCCCGGCACAUAAUCUGGCGAAGCAGAGUGAUUCACAACUGUUGGUCUUCCUCGAUAACGAAUCCGGUUUACUGCACGGAUAUCGUUUACUGAAAAAAUACGAGGCAUAUCACGGAUUAUUGCUGGAUAAUUUAUGUAUAUUCAGGCGGACGACCGUCCAGAAACUGCAGCAACUCAGAGACGACGGCCCGGCCACGCGGCUGCAGCGCAUCUUCGAGCAGAGCACCACGGACAAGGUGAGGGACAUCCUCCCGCCGCUGCCCGACAAGUCCGCCAAAAUCCUCAUCGAUCGCAUCGAUCGUGUUCUAGGCCAAGUGCAAAAGUGUCAUGAAAUGUUCACUGUGCAGAGUUGAUGACUUUUUGCCCUGCGCGCGAGCGAAACAUUUUGUUGUUUGUUUUGUUGGUGUGUUAUUGUUGUUUCGGGAUGGAUGCAGAAAGAUGAUACAAGUGGAGGGCACGGAAAAAAUUGCCCAGAGACAAGUUCGGUCUGGGGAUGUGAACAUGGAGUGCGUUCGAGAUGUGAAUGAAGAAUUCUCUCUUCCCAGCCAACACGGAGGAGGCAGCGAAAGACAAUUACUCAAAAGCGUAAAACAUUUCCGAUGGUAUUUCUCAUACUCAAAUAAUCUUUGCGGCCGCAACAUGGAGCAAAAACGCGCUAAUUAUCUAUGUAAAUAGUAGUUAAAAGUAAAAUGAAAAGUGGGAAGGAAGGAGGAUGCGCGCAACUCCCAGGAAAUAUUGUAAAUGGACUGUAAAUUGUGAUCGUCUUUUGUGUAAUUUAACGUAAUGUUCAGUCGCGCUCUUUAUGCGAUAUUCAAUAUUUGACUUCAUAGAAGAGGAAAU